UUGCCAUUGAUGAGUCUCAAGCCAAGACAAAUCGAAUUGGGGGAACCUUGUAAGUCUAUCAAUAUGAUGAAGCUACUUGCCAUCUAAAGACUCUAUCUCUACAGGACUAUAACAAAACAAGCAUGCUCUUGAACAUGACUGUGUUUUAAUGUGCAGAGGGUAUAUGGCACCAGAAUAUGCAAAGCAUGGAUGAUUCUCUGUAAAAUUUGAUGUUUUUAGUUUUGGUGUACUAAUUCUAGAGAUUGUAAGAGGACAAAAGAAUGGUGGCAUCCAUGAUGGGGAGAAUAUUGAGCACCUUCCAAGCUUUGCAUGGAAAAGCUGGAGGAGAGGGACAUCAUCUAAUAUUGUAGAUCCCACAUUAUCUGACAGUUCAAGAAGUGAAAUAAUGAGAUGCGUUCACAUUGGCUUGCUGUGUGUUCAAGAAAGGGCUGCUGAUAGACCAACCAUGGCUUCGGUUUUGCUUAUGCUUGACAGCGACUCUCUCUCUCUUCCAGAACCCUUACAACCUGCAUUUUUUAUGAAUAACAAAAGUUUAUCACACAUCAAAUCUGAGGAGUACAAUUCUGUGUCAGCAAGCUCAAGUGAACAAACUAGUAAAACUGCUGAAAUAUUAUCAGUAGAUGAGGCCUCAAUAACUAAGCUAUAUCCACGCUAAAGGGGUGAUGUUUCCCUUCAAACCAGCCAAAACUGCGUCAAAGUUGCAAUUCGAGAAAUCAAAAUCUGGUAUGAUCAGUACAUGCUCAGAUACUCUCAAAGGAAGUUCUUUGGAGUGGCUCAAAUUUCGCCAGCAAAAUUCAUGUGGAAUCAGAAAAAUAGGACUUCAGUCAGUCAACCCGAUGUUGAAGCGCUAGCUCUGAUUUACCAACUCAUAAAAGAAGCCACAAACACAUCUAUGCUGUUCAGAGCAAACGGUUCAGAGGUGGUGGCAAAUAGUUCUUAGCAUCGAUAUGGGCUUGUGGAGUACACAAGAGACUUGGACAGUAGUUCAUGCAGCUUCUGUUUGUCACAAUUGAUGGUAGAAACACAGAAAUUUCCCCGGCAGAAGGCUGGUUGGCACAUAUUGGGUCCAAGUUGCAAUAUAAGACAUGAAAAUUAUAUCUUCUACCAGCAAAUUGGCGGACCAGAUAUUGCCCCUGUAUCACCAAUUUACCCGCCAGAUGAUGCAGGUUCUGCGGAAGGAUUCACAUCCAAAGUUAGAGCCAGUGUAGUUAUGCUUGUCCCGAUUGCAAUGGCUGCAGCUUUUUUGGGUUUUGCAACUUACGUAUGUUUUCACUGGAAAAGAAACCUUAAAGGGGGAGAAACAACUGAUGAAAUUCUGACACAGAAGUUGGAGAAUUCAAAGAAGCCCCACUUUAAAGAGAAAGGAACCGCGAAAGAUGAGUACAACAAUGGAGAAGUUCAAAACUAUCGUUUGAAGACCAUUAAGGUCGCAACAGACUAUUUCUCAGAAGAAGCCAAGCUAGGGAAAGGAGGAUUUGGACUCGUUUUCAAGGGGAAGUUGAGUAAUGGCAAGGAGAUAGCAGUUAAGAGGCUUUCAUUCAAAUCAGGGCAAGGCCUUGAAGAGUUCAAGAAUGAAGUGACAUUGAUAACAAAACUCCAACACAAAAAUCUUGUGAGGCUUUUGGGGUUCUGUCUGGAAGAAAAUGAAAAGCUUCUGGUCUAUGAAUACAUGCCAAACAAUAGCCUUGAUACCUUCUUGUUUGAUCCAAUAAAACGUCAACAACUAGAUUGGUCUAAGAGGAGGAGUAUUAUAAAGGGAAUUGCUAGAGGACUCCUGUAUCUGCAUGAGGACUCAAGGCUAAAAAUUAUCCAUAGAGAUCUAAAAGCAAGCAAUGUGUUACUAGAUGAAGAGAUGAAUCCAAAAAUAUCAGAUUUUGGAACUGCUAGAAUUUUUGUCAGCAAUCAAAUUCAAGCUAGUACUGAAAGAGUUAUUGGGACAUAUGGAUAUAUGGCACUUGAAUAUGCUUUAGAGGGAUUAUUUUCCAUCAAGUCAGAUGUUUACAGCUUUGGUGUCAUCAUGCUAGAAAUUAUCAGUGGAAAAAGAAACACCAGCUUCUACCAACCAGAACGUGGUUUGAGUCUUCUCUCCCAUGCAUGGCGACUCUGGAAUGAAGGCAAAGGACUUGAACUUGUGGAGCGUCACUUGGUCAACACUUGCCCGGAUAAAGAUGAAGCUUUGAGAUGGAUCCGCAUCGGGUUUCUGUGUGUUCAAAAUAUUUUUAUUUGACUAUAAAAAAUAUUUAAAUAAAAAAGACAUCAAUCCUCAAAAUAUUAUAUAAAUUAAAAAUAUUAUUUUUUAAAAAAUAUAACAUUUUAUAAGAUGAAAUGUAUAACAUGUAAUAAAAUAUAAUUUUUAUUUUUUACAUAAUAUCAUUUAAAAAAUUACUUCCUCCAUUUAAAAAUGUGAGACCUUUUUUUAAGAGUUGAAUGUUUAAAAAUAUAAAGUAUUUUUAAUCUUUCAAAAUAUAAUCAUUGUCUUUUUUUAAAAAAUGCCCCUAUUGACAAAUAAAUUUAUAUUUAUUGUAGAAUGUUUAAUAGGAGUAAAUAUGAGAAGAUAAGGUUAGUUUGAAAGCAGAUAGCUAUUUUAUUGAGAUGUGAGAUUCGAUUAAAAAUGCCUUAUAUUUUUGAAUAAAGGGAGUAUAAUAAAAUAAAAAAUAUAAAGAUUAAAUAUUUAAAUGUAUAAAAUGUAAGGCCUUUUUUAAGGCCUUAUUGGGGUGUGACAUGUAUAAAAUAUAAAGCAUUGAAAUGUAUAAAAUGUAUAACAUGUAAUAAAAAGCAAUUUUUAUUUUUACAUAAUAUCAUUUAAAAAAUUACUUCCUCCAUUCAAAAAUGUAAGGCCUUUUUUAAGAGUCGAAUGUUCAAAAAUAUAAAGCAUUUUUAAUCUUUCGAGAUAUAAUCAUUGUCUUUGUUUUAAAAGCACCCCUAUUGACAAAUGAAUUUAUAUUUAUUGUAGAGUGUUUAAUAUGAGUAAAUAUGGGAAGGUAAGGUUAGUUUAAAAGUAGAUAGCUAUUUUAUUGGGGUGUGAGAUUCGGUUAAAAAUGCCUUAUAUUUUUUAAUGAAGGGAGUAUAAUAAAAUAAAAAAUAUAAAGAUUAAAUAUUUAAAUGGAAAAAAUAGCAUCCAAAGACCACCAUAUGAUAUUUCUAUCAAAGAAGGACCAAAUGAUUUCAUAUUAUCACUAUAAUCUUUUGGUCCUUCUUACAUAUUAAUUUCAUAAGAAAAAAGACCGAAAUACCUCUCAAUUUAAAAUAAUAUGUACAACACACGUAGAACCUUGAAGAAGGUUACUUUACCCCAUUUGUCGGACGAGCUGCCCUCACAAUUACGCCCACGACUCCCCCACAUCAAUGACUGCCGGAAGCAUUUUCUUCUCCAACUUUCGAGGAUGAAAUGGUUGUUCCUAUCUGUGCAUGACAUUAUAAGGGUGAUUCUUUGAUAACAUUAUCGGUGGUCGAAGGUUUGGCAGUGGAUCAUUGUGAAUUGUUGAAGGUGGUUGUUCUCAGGCAUUGUUGGAGGUGAACAAAGGUGCUCACUAAAUGAUAAGACGGAUUUCAUUCUUCUGGAGGAUUGAGAGAAUGGUUGACAAAGAAGGAUAGAAGAGGUUGACAAUGGAUGAUUCUACAGUCAUUUUUUCAUCUACAUGCUACUGUACUUUGCUUGCAGAGCUAGUUCAGAGAGAAGAAAAAUAGGGAAAAGCUUCGACUGAGAUAGCUUUCAGCUGGGAACACGUUUCCAACAUUCUGUGAGGCAUUUUGGUCUUUUUUCUUAUAAAAUUAAUAUAUAAGAAGGACCAAAGGACUAUAGUGAUAAUAUAAAAUUAUUUGGUCCUUCUUUGAUAUAAAUAUCGUACAGUGGUCCUUGGGUGCUAUUUUUCCUAUUUAAAUAAAUAUAUCAAAUGGUAGCAAAAGUUAUGAUCACCAAGAUAAAUUCAAAAAUAGGGUAAUAAUAAUAAUAUUUUAAAUGUUUUUUAGUUUUAAGUAAUUAAAUUAGUAAUUACUGAUAUUAAAAUUUAAAAAGCACCAGGUCCUAAGAAAAGUGGAGGCAGCAUGAUUCAAUAGGAUCAGGGGUUAGUAAAUGGCGCGGGCUUUGUUCAGUCAUCAGUAUAAAUGGCACAGGCACAGUUUCAAAAAUAAAUAAAUAAAUAAAGCUUGAAACUUCUCUCUUCCCCAUCUUUUUCCUUCGUCAUCUAUGUUAGGGCUGUGUAAAAGUCUUCUAAUUUGGUCCGACUCAGUCCAAUUUGAAAUAAUCUUGUCUUGUUUAGUCCUUAUAAAUACUGGUCUUUUAGAUCAAAAAGAUUGAAAAAGAUCAAACUAUUUCUUCAUGUUGGACUGGACAGGAGACUAGACAUCUGGACCACUUAGUCCGAUCCUAUCCUAUUAAUUUAUUUAAUAUAAUUAUAAUUAAUUUAUUUUUCACAAACACUUCAAGUAUAAUUGAC